AGAAGAACCAUAUCUCAGCGGUCUCUGUCUUCAUCCCACCUCUCCCCAAGCAACCCGCACACCUCACACAAACCAAUGGCGCCCGAAAAGAGAAAGCGGCCUCAGGAGUCGUCCGCCCCCAAGUCCAAACCCGCGCCCAAAGCUGCGGCGGAAGGCCCCAACAAGCGCCUGAAACCUUCCACCACUCCCGGCAGUGGCGACAGAGCACCGAUUCCCACACCGUCGACGCUCCGAGACGAUGAGGCUUCGUCGUUCCCCCGUGGAGGCGCGUCGGCGCUCACUCCGCUCGAGUACAAGGAGGUGGCCAAUGAGGCUAUGAAGGAUGCGCUCUUUGAGGCGGGAGGUGCGGCGGUGUCUUCGACGACGUUGCUAGAUGCUGGCUCGGCGCAGAAAAAGAAGAAGCAGCAGCAGCGACACUCGGACCAGAAGAAGAAGGGAAAGAAGGGAGAUGGGAAGAAGGAGAAGGAGAAGGACACCGGGCCUAAGGUUGAGGGACUGAGUUACAAGAGGCUUGCGCCCGGAACGUUGGUUCUAGGUUGCGUGGAGAGGAUCAAUGCUACUGAUAUUGCGCUCUCGCUGCCGAAUAACCUUACAGGUUUCGUGCCGAUUACUCAGAUCUCCGACAAGGUUACCAGCCGUGUCGAUGCCAUGGUCGAGGACACUGACGACGAGGAGAAGGAGACGGAGGAUGCCGAGAAGGAGGAUUCCGACGACGUUCAGCUCGAGGGCAUGUUCAAAGUUGGACAGUACCUGCGAGCAUACGUUCUUCAUGCUACAGAGGAAGUCGCGGUGAAGACAUCACGAGGAGAAAAGGGUGCUCCCAGGACACGGAAACGGAUAGAGCUUUCGCUCGACCCUAAACUGGCGAAUACUGGAUUGACGACACCCGACUUGGCGGUCGGAAUCUCGGUGCAGGCGUCUGUCGUGUCCGUGGAAGAUCAUGGUCUGGUGAUGGAUCUGGGAUUGGAUAACGAUCUGAAGGGAUUCCUCUCGUCCAAGGAGCUGGGCAGCGGAUUCACCUAUACGGAGGUGAAAGAAGGUCAAGUCAUGCUGUGCACAGUCACCGGUCUGUCCUCGAACGGUAAGAUUGUCAAGCUGUCGGCCAACUUGGAGCAGAAGUUCUCGAAGAAGGGAAAGCUCGGAGGAGGAAAGGCGUCCUGGUGGCUCAGCCAGGCCAACUCUAUCGAUGCAUUGCUGCCUGGAAUUGGUGUGGAAAUCUUGGUUACGGAUGUUGGUAAGCAGGGUGGUGUAGUGGGGACGAUAAUGGGAAUGUUGGAUGCCGUGGCAGAUUUCUUCCAUGUGGCCGGAUGGGACCAAAAAGAGCUUGAGGAGAGAGUAAAACCUGGCAGCAAGAUCAAAGCCAGAAUUACCACUCGUUUCCCUGACGCCGAAUCCAAGAAAGUCGGCUUUUCCAUAUUGCCUCAUGUCCUCCAACUCGUACCGGCUUCAGAGACCAGCCCUCUCAUCGCUCUUCCAAUCGCCACCACAAUCGACCAGGCCAAGAUCAUCGGUGUAGAACCUAACCUUGGUCUCUUCGUUGACGUCGGUGUCGCUGGUGUUCCUGGAUUUGUCCAUAUCUCAAGAAUUUCCAGUGACGAGAAGAUUGAGAACUUGGAGAAGACCAUUGGUGCCUACAAAAUUGGUGCCACUCAUCCUGCCAGGAUUCUAGGCUUCAACCCUAUGGAUGGCCUCUACUUACUCAGUAUGGAGAAGCGUAUCCUUGAGCAGCCUUACUUGAGGGUUGAUGAUAUCAAGAUCGGCUCUGUAGUCAAGGGCAAGAUCGAGAAGGUCCUCGAGCGUGGUGGUGUUGUCAUCAACAUCGCCGACGGAAUCAGUGGUGUUGUCGAGGAGGACCACUUGAGCGACAUCAAGCUGAAGAACCCGGAGAAGAAGUUCAGGGAAGGUAUGGAGGUCACGGCUAGAGUUUUGACUACGAACCCGCAAAGACGAAAGGUCCGAUUGACGCUGAAGAAGACCCUGGUCAACUCGGAACUGCCCGUCAUCGCCUCGUACGAUGUCGAGCCCGGAAUGCAAUCGGUCGGAACCCUUGUCAGCAUCCUGGCUCACGGUGCGGUGGUGAAGUUCUACGCUGGUGUCUCGGCAUGGCUGCCGGUCUCGGAGAUGAGCGAGGCAUAUAUCCAGAACCCCGCCGAGCAUUUCCGUGUCGGACAGUCGGUCAACGUUCACGUCUUGAGCGUCGAUGCCGAGGAGAAGAAGAUGCGUGUAUCUUGCAAGGAUGCCAAUGCCUUUGGUGAUGCCCAGAAGACUGCGUUGGCCGACCUCAAGAUUGGUCAGAUUGUUUCGGGGAAGAUCUCGGAGAAGUCGAAUGACGAUGUCAUUGUGGACCUAGAGGAUGUCGGUGCCACCGGUCUGAAGGGAGUCGUCAUGAUUGGUCAGAUCACCGACGGUAGCCGGGAAAAGAACAUGAACACGUUCAAAAAGUUCCGAGCUGGUCAAGUCCUGAAGGAUCUGGUGGUGGUGGACAAGCACGAGGGACGGCGGAUGAUCCAUCUGAGUUUGAAGCCAUCGCUCGUCAAAGCAGCCAAGAGCAACACCUUGGUUCAUAGCUUCAAGCAGAUCCACGAAGGAGCGAUUGUUCAUGGAUACGUCAAGAGCAGUGCCGAUAUGGGUGUAUUUGUGAGCUGUGCUGGUGGAAUCGUCGGUCUGGCUCUCAGAAAUGCGCUGCCGGUCGAGAAGCAAUCACUUCCUGGUUUCGGAUACUUCAAACACCAGUCUGUUACCGGUAGGGUCUUCGCUAUGGAUCACGAACAGAAGAAAUUUCUGUUAUCUUUGAAGCCCAUCGACGAGACAGCGCCCAAGGCUGCGGACAAAGAGACGAAGGUCGAAGCCAAGGAUGCCAUGCACCCCGUGGACGGUGAUUCUAAGACGGUGGCCGACUACCAGCCGGGAAAGAUCACAAAGGCGAAGAUCAUUUCUGUUCAGGAGACUCAGAUCAACGUCCAGUUGGCGGACAAUAUUCAGGGACGUAUCGAUGUAUCCCAGCUUUUCGAUAACUGGAGCGACAUCAAGGAUAAGAAAUCCCCACUGAAAGGAUUCAAGAAGGGCGGUAUCAUGGAUGUCAAAGUCAUCGGCAUGCACGACGCUCGCAACCACAGAUUCCUACCGAUUUCGCACAGAGCCUCGAGCAACAAAACGCCUAUCUUCGAGUUGACGGCGAAGCCAAGUGCUCUGGUAGCCGAUGCUUCCUCCGAUAAUUUGGCGCUGGAAAAGAUCACUGUCGGCUCGGAAUGGUUGGCCUUUGUCAACAACAUUGCGGAGGACUGUUUAUGGGUCAAUAUCUCCCCCGCUAUUCGAGGGAGAAUCCGCCUUCUCGAUAUUUCCGACGAUGUUGCCCAGUUGAAAAAUCUGGAGAAGCACUUCCCCCCUGGAUCGGCGCUCAAGGUCUCGGUCGUUCAUGUGGAUGCUUCUACUGGAAAGCUGGACCUUUCCGCGAAGAGAGCCUCUGUGCAGAAGCUUGACCUCGACGGGCUGAGCAAGGGCAUGGUUGUCCCUGGUCGUGUUACCAAGGUUCAGGACCGCCAGGUGCUGGUACAGCUUAGCGACACGGUCAUCGGUGUCGUCAGUUUGGUCGAUAUGGCCGAUGAUUUCACUCAGGUAAAGGCUUCCAACUUCGCCAAGAAUGAAAUCGUCCGCGUGUGUGUCCUCGAUGUCGACAAGCCCAACAAGCGGGUGUCGCUAUCCACCAGACCAUCCAGAGUGAUGAACGCGCAGCUUCCUGUCAAGGACGCAGAGGUCAACAACAUUAGAGAUGUCAAGGACAGGGAACUGCGACGGGGAUUCGUGAAGAACGUGUCGGACAAGGGUCUCUUCAUCACUUUGGGCCACAAUGUCACGGCCUGGGUCAAGGUUUCCGACCUCGCGGACCAGUUCCUCAAGGAAUGGAAGUCGAAGUUCCAGGUCGACCAGGUCGUCGAGGGCAGAGUUAUCAACGUUGAUUACCCUCUGGGCCACAUCCAGAUGAGUUUGCGACCAUCAGCCAUCUCUGGUAAGAUUCCGGAGAAGCAGAGCGGUCUUGGAGACUUCACCAAGGGCCAGAUUGUGACUGGAAAGAUCAAGAAGGUGGCCGAAUACGGAGUCUUUGUCUCUAUCGACGGAAGCAACGUCUCCGGUCUGUGCCACAAGUCGCAGAUCGCGGAUAGAAAGGUCGAGGACAUCUCGAAAUUAUAUGCCGAGGGCGAUCCGGUCAAGGCAAAGAUUCUGACCAUUGAUAUGGAGAAGCGCCGGAUUAGUUUUGGGCUGAAGGCUAGCUACUUCAAGGAUGAAGACGUUGACAGCGAUGACGGUGGUAUGGAUCUUGACGAAGAGGAGAAGGAGGACGCCGACUCCGACGAGGAGAGUGAGGACGGUGGUGUCGAUCUAUCGGCCGUUCGCGAUAUCCAGAUCGAGGAUGACGAGGACGAGGAUGACGAUGCAUCUGAUGUCGACAUGGAGGAUGCACCUGUUCUCUCCGGUCAAGGACUCUCUGCCGGAGGUUUCGACUGGACCGCCAACGACAUCUUCGAAAAGCGCGAGCGCGAAGUAGAAUCUGACUCCGAUGAGGAAGAAGAGAAAGGAAAGCGGAAGAAGAAGAAGAAGAAGAGCGAGAUCAAGCAGGAUCUUACUGGUGACAUGGUCAACCGUGAGCCACAGUCGGUUACAGAUUUCGAGCGCAUGGUGCUCGGUGAUCCUAAUGACUCGAGGUUGUGGAUUCAGUACAUGGCGUUCCAGCUGCAACUUGGUGAGCCCGAGAAAGCUCGGGAGAUCGCUGAGCGUGCCCUCAAGAUUAUCCAACAGAAGGAGGACUCUGAGAGGAGGAAUGUCUGGGUUGCGCUCUUGAACAUGGAGAAUGCCUACGGAGAUGACGAGACACUCGAGGCUACAUUCAAGCGUGCCGUUCAAUACAACGAUGCCCAGGACACGCACGAGCGUAUGGCUAGUAUCUACAUCCAGAGCAGCAAGACUGAGAAAGCAGACGACCUCUUCAAAGUAAUGAUCAAGAAAUUCAGCCAAGUGCCGAAGAUCUGGAUCAACUACGCCGACUUCCUUCUGACCUCGGGCAACCGCACCGCCGCCCGCGACCUUUUGAAGCGCGCUCUGCAAGCACUGACCCGCGAUCAGCACCGCGAUCUGAUCAUCCGCUUCGCCAGUCUUGAAUUCCGCACGGGCGACCCGGAGCGCGGCCGAACGCUCUUCGAGAACCUCAUCGGCGCCUACCAAAAGCGAAUGGAUAUCUGGAACGUGUUUAUCGACAUGGAGAUGAAGCACGGCGAGGCCGACGCAGUCCGGAACCUGUUCAAGCGUGCCGUCGCCGACAAGAAGUGCUCCGCGAAACAGGCUGCCGCGCUGUUCAAGAAGUGGAAGGAGUUUGAGGAGAAGAAUGGCGGCGAGAAGAACGUGCAGGAUGUUCUUACUAGGGCUAAGGCGUUCGUUGCUGCUGCGAAGGGGAAGCAGCAGGAUGAUGAGUAAUUUGGUUUUGUUGGGAUGAGGGAUUUCUUUUGGUUUAUGUGAAUAUUUCGACUUUGUACUUGUUUGAUGGCGUGUUCAUUGGCCUUAGUGGCAGGAAUUAAAAGCGGUGUCUUUCUCCUCUGAUGAUGGAG